GCUAUAUUAUUUAUCUUGUUAUAAAGUAUCCGGAUAAUGCUGUAGGAACAAAUUAUAGGAAAGACAUUUCUGGACCUAAGGGGGUUCCUAUAUUUGGAAAUUUAUUCAGAUUUAUGUUUAAAAAAAAUACUUAUAUUGAACUCGAACAAGAAUGGGCAAAUAAAUAUG